AUGGGUCGGCCACCCUGCUGCGACAAAGUUGGGGUUAAGAAGGGUCCAUGGACGCCGGAGGAGGACAUCAUCCUGGUCACUUACGUUCAGGAGCAUGGCGCCGGGAACUGGAGAUCUGUUCCUACCAACGCAGGUGAGAGACCUCUCUCUCUCUCUCUCUCUCUCUCUCCCCUCCUUCCCUCUCUCCCCUCCUUCCCUCUCUCCCUCUCUCUCCCUCCCUCCCUUCUUCCCUCCCUCCCUCCUAUCUAUCUGUCUACCUCUUUCUCAUCUUCUUGGGGCAUCACUCUCUUUGUCGUUCCCCUUCUUCGAGUAAAUGACCAACGAUCACAAUCCUUUGUCCUCCGCGUCUAAUUCUCCCCCCUCGGGCUGUUAUUCAGGGCUCCUUAGAUGCAGCAAGAGCUGCAGACUCCGGUGGACGAAUUACCUCCGGCCAGGGAUAAAACGAGGCAACUUCACUGACCAGGAAGAGAAGACCAUCAUCCACCUCCAAGCUCUCCUCGGCAACAGGUAACAGAAAAUUUUCACGAUUAUUGAAACAUUCACAAAGAUUUAGAUGGUGGAAACUUUGGGAAUAAACUGUGAUGUUUGAUUUUAUGCAGAUGGGCGGCGAUAGCCUCCUACCUUCCAGAGAGAACAGACAAUGACAUCAAGAACCACUGGAACACCCACCUAAAGAAGAAGCUGAGGAACCUCAAGUCCGAUGGCGGAGAUGGCUCCCCGUUCGGUGGGCCAGCACCGUCAACGUCCCACCAGACGAUGGCCAAAGGCCAGUGGGAGAGGAGGCUCCAGACAGAUAUAGAAAUGGCCAAGCAGGCUCUCUCUGAGGCCCUCUCAGCGGAGACACCCAGCUUCAUGUCCGAACUCUUGCACCCCCUCUCCUCUUCUACCUCCUCUUCUUCCUCUUCGAAUCUGCGCAACUCGGUCGCAACUCAGACCCAGAGCCCCCAGCAGGUCUCUUCCUCAGCCGGCACCUACGCCUACAGCGCUGAGAACAUCUCCCGGAUGCUCCAAGGAUGGGUGAGGGCCAAGCCGAAGCUCCUAGUCGGCAGCGCGCUCUCCCCUUCCGGGUCGAACUCGGACUCGACUCAGCACUCGUCUAGCAACGCUGUCGGUGGCGAACUCGGAGACGACUCGCUGGUAAAGUUUGACCAGUCCCUGUCGUCGGCGCUGAAGGAAGAGGAGGAGGAAGAAGAAGAAGAAGGGAGCAUCUUCCACCCGGAGCGCAAGCCGAUGCCGCUCUCCUUCCUGGAGACCUGGCUGUUCGACGAUGGACUGGCUCAGGGGCACGAGGCGCUCAUGGACAUGCCCAUGAUCGAUACGGGCGAGUUGUUCUGA